AUGAAUUUCAAUUUUAUAAAAUUCAUAUGUCUACACUGGGAUUCACCACCAUCCCAAGAUGUUGUUCUACGCAGGAGAUGCAAGUCAGGGGAGGAAAUUGCUGUUUCUGCUUUAUUGGGUGCUGGGCUCUAAUGAAAUAUUAAAUUUCCCAGGGAAGCUUUUAUGAAAGUAGGCGUGAAUAAGCCUGGCUUAAGAUCCAUCCUACAGUUUGAUUGUGUGGAAACUGCACAAAUUGGUGAUGGCUGUAGCUUUAAAAUUCAUAAUGUGAACUACAUUCCAUCAUGCGACCUGGACUCUUUAGCCCGCAAAGGUCCCUCGGUCAGGUACUUUUGUCCUCUUUUGUCGGUGAAAGAAAGUCUUGAGAUUAUCCUUGGAAGUAUUAGUUUGAGUUUUAAAUUUCCAAUGCGCACUGAACGAUUCUUCUUGGCUUAUUUUGUGAAAGUCUCAAAUCUCAAGAGUUGCCAGUUGCAUUUACUUAUUGUGUUCCUCUUAUUGUGUCCCUUCUUCAGUUUUUUCAGUGCAUUAGAUCAGACUCUUCAAGAAGAGCUCUGCAAAUAUCUAGAAGCAAGAGGAGUUGGUCUAUGUUUCGCGCAUUCGCUCUUACUCCACCUACACAAAAAGGAGCAAGGUCAAUACGUCGACUGGUUGCACGAAUUGCAAGCUAUUGUAACACCAAGUGAAUGAUGCGGAAAACGCUCCAUGCAGGAUAUAGAUAUUUGACUUUGAUUCAAUUCAUGACAUUAAGGCGCGGAUUGCUGGAGGGAAAAACAUCUAUUGGUUAGCUUGCAACUUUUGCUGGUUUCUGUAUGUUUUGUUUAUAGUAAACCCCUUCUCGUUAUACUAAAUAGAGAUCUUAUUUAAACGGCUAGGCACAACUGUAUAAUGGAAUUAUCUAAAAAGGUUCAAGAAUUGUAAGUUGAGUGGACCUACAUAAUUUUGUUGAAAGAGGAAGGGGCACUUGAUGUUUUGA